ACCAAUAAGGUUGAUUUGAGAACAGCUACACGGAGCUCAAUAGUAUUAACCAUUAACGUCACAGAUGGAUUUAAUGCUGCAGACAGACCAUUGACCCUUACAAUCAAUUUGACAAAUUUGAAUCAACGACCAGAUAUAGUCAAUUUACCAGAUACGAUAAACAUAAACGAGACUAUCCAGCCGCUAAGUAUUGUUGAUAUCUAUGUAAACGAUGAUGGUGUCCUUACCACCCUAAAACCUGUCUGUACCGUCCAGCCCACAGGUGGAAAUGAAGUGUUUGAUUUCGUAGAUCGACCAAUAUCACUAAAACCUAGAGAUAAUGCGAAUGUAAGAACAUUUUUAGAUUUUGAGACAACCCGACGUUAUACCAUAUCUUGUUCUGUGUCAGAUGGUUUCCUACAAUCUCAGAACGAGGUUCUUAUAGUGAAUGUAAAUAACGUGAAUGAGCCUCCGGUGUUCAGCGAUAAUCCGGUGUACUGUACCAUGGACGAAUCAAAGGCAGGAGUGUCGGCGUGUAACCUUGGUUUUAGUAUUAGAGAUCCAGAAGGCAACAGAUUUAUAACUCGACUAUUUCAAGAUGAAAACAGCAAACAUUUCGCUCUGACAUCAAACUCAAAUAAUAAUAAUUUCAACUAUUAUUUGUUCAGAGAGAGUCACCGCUUGACAUUUAACGUAGAUUAUGACGUAGAUGAAGGUCGUAUGCCCGAACGAGUAACGUUAUUUGUAAAUGCUAUAGACGAGGGUGGUGCUAUAUCUACAGCCACUGUAUCUGUUGUUGUAAGAGAUGUAAAUGAUAAUAUACCACAUUUCAAUAAUAUAAUAAACACCGUACCAAUUGACAUCACGUAUCAGAAAAGUCCAGGUUUGUUGCGUCCUUUUAAAGCUACAGAUGACGAUGCUGGUACAAAUGGUGACAUAGACUAUAGAUUAGUACAAGUUGUUCCUCCUAAUGCAAUCAAUUUCGUUUCCGUCCUUGGUAAUGGAGAUAUACACUACAUGCGUCAAUACCCAGAAAAUCUGGCUGGUUCCAGUGUUUACCUGUCUGUAGAAGCUAAGGAUAGGGGCUCUCCGGCUCUUUCUUCAACCGGUACCGUAGUCAUAACGCUAGAAGCUACAACUACUACGUCAACGACAGUGACAACUACAACUUCUACUACGACCAUACCUACAACUAUUAUUCCAACCACGACUCCGGAUCCGGGAUUCUUCGAGAAAGCGGAGAACGUAGCUAUAUUUAGUAUCUUGAUGAUUCUACUGUUACUGGCGUUCUUAAUUGGUCUCUACUUCCUGUUCCGAUGGUGUAUUACCGGAAGUUGUUGUGGUGGGGGAGGUGGCCAAGAUGGUAUUUGUGACAACUGCUGUAGACCACCUCCACCUAGACGUGUUCAACCGUCACCUAUGACAUACGAAGACUUUGAUAUGCCACCAGUAACAGCCAGUGACUAUAAAAGUGAUUUCUGGCAUACAGGAUAUCACUAUGCCCAUGGUAGACCAUAUUGAUGAUAAUAUACACUGGUUAUAUAACUGUAUAUUAUAUACACUGGUUAUAUAAACUGUAUAUACACUGGUUUAUAACUGUAUAUUUUAUAUACUGGGUUUUAUAUAACUGUAUGUACUAUACACUGGAUUUUAUAUAACUGUAUAUAAUAUACACUGGGAUACAUUGGCACUGGUUAUAUAACUGUAUAUAAUAUACACAGGUAAUAAACUGUAUAUAAUAUACGCUGGUUAUAUAAACUGUAUAUAAUAUA